UCUCUCUUCUCUUUUUCUUCUAUAUAGCCAAACCAAGCUACAUUAUAAUACAAGAGAACAUUCACACACACAUACAUACACACCCUUAAGGAGAGACUAACAAGAAUUUUCAGUUUGAGAGAGAAGGGAAAGGAAAGAGAGUUUGUUAAGGUUUGGAUUUCAUUGAGAAGCCAAAGAUGGCUGGUUUGAUUGGGAAGGAGAAUGGUUUGAACAUGAAGGAGACUGAGCUUUGUCUUGGUUUGCCUGGUGGCGGUGAGGUUGAAACUCCUAGAGCUGCUGGAAAGAGAGGUUUCUCUGAGACAGUUGAUCUGAAGCUGAAUCUUCAAACCAAGGAAGAUUUGAGUGAGAAUCUGAAGAAUGUUUCCAAGGAGAAGAACAUGCUUAAGGACCCUGCCAAGCCACCAGCUAAGGCUCAAGUAGUUGGUUGGCCACCAGUGAGAUCAUACAGGAAGAACAUGAUGGCACAGAAGGUUAACAAUACUGAGGAGAAUGAGAAGACAACAAGUAGCACUACUGCUGGUGCAUUUGUGAAGGUUUCCAUGGAUGGAGCACCUUACCUUCGUAAGGUCGACUUGACAAUGUACAAAACCUACAAAGACUUAUCUGAUGCAUUAGCCAAAAUGUUCAGCUCCUUCACCACUGGUAACUAUGGGGCCCAAGGAAUGAUAGACUUCAUGAAUGAAAGCAAGUUGAUGGAUCUUCUUAACAGCUCUGAGUAUGUGCCAACCUAUGAAGAUAAGGAUGGCGACUGGAUGCUCGUGGGAGAUGUCCCAUGGGAGAUGUUUGUUGGAUCAUGCAAACGUCUCCGCAUUAUGAAAGGGUCAGAAGCUAUUGGGCUUGCACCAAGAGCAAUGGAGAAAUGCAAAAACAGAAGCUAAAUACAUAUCUUUAUAUCAAAGUCCAGUACCUAAUGGACCUAUAAGAAAAGAUAUAUGAAGCUAGCACUACCUGUGGAUUAUUGGAGUGUUGUUAGUUUGGAAUGUGUCUUCAGUGUUUUUUGUUUUGUUGGUAUAUAGAUUCAACUUUAAUUUUCAAGUAUUUGUAAUCGACAAGAAGCAAUAAACUUAACCAAACCACCUAUAUACUAUAUAGUUUGCCUUGUUUAAUUAUUACUAUUAUGUGAUUGCUUCCAUGCUGUCAUGUUUGUUGUGUGUGCUAUAUAUAUAAUAUAAUAUUAUAUAUACUUUGAAUUUUGAUGUAUA